AGAAAUGUUCUAGAACAGCGUCAACUCAAUGGAGCAAUGCACCGAGUCCCUACUGGUUUCUAUUCUAUGGGUAAUGCCUAUCAACUUAUAAUAAAUCAAAUUCGUAUCAAAAUUCUGUCAUAGUAUUAGCAAAAAAGUAUUAUUAUUUACAAUUUAAUUUUAGUUUGGAAAAUCUUGGGUCGUUCAGACAGUGGUUUUGAGCUAUCGAGGUCAUCAUUACCCAAGGUAAGAGCAUGACCAGAAAUUGCGGCCACAAAUUGAAAGCUAGCUCAUCUUAACAGAGCAUGCGUAGAUUUUACAAGCUGACGUGCACUGAUUACUAAUGAGACGAACAAAUAUAAUUUCAAGAUAUAGUCGGUAAAGUUUUUAAUUUAUUGGUAGAAUUUUCUGUGCAAUUUGCUAUCUUGGAUGCAUUGACAUGACGAUUGAAACAGAGAUGACGAUGAUAUCACGUGCAAAGUUCUAAAAAGCUUCAAAGUUUGUUGUCUAACAUAAAUAUGCCGAAAAUGUGCACCAACAUUGAAAACAAAUAUAUUAAUACCCAAAUGUCUAGAUUGUUUAUAAUUGUUGGGUUGGACGAAAUUGUGUGCAUAGCAUAGUUUCAAGAGCCGUUGGAAUAUAACGCUGACGUCACCAAAGGUUCCUUUAAAAUUUUAUUGGAUACCCAGGUUGAUAAUUUUUCCUCAAUUUCACAUCAUAUUUCACUUUCAGUUUCCCACGAUGGACGAGAUGACGGAAGGAGAAAAAAACUUUGCACUUAAAGUUGAGGAAUUUUUAAGUAGUGUUCCAAAACCAGAAUACCGACAGCUGUUGGUUGAGGUGUGUUGAAGUUUCUGGUUUUGAAUUUUGUUUCACAACCUUCGUAUAAGGUCGUAUAUUAACUUUAGCUUCUGUGGCGCAGUCGUCAUAGCAAGCGCUUCGUGGGUUCGAUUCUCGCUACGGAUACGUGUGAAAAGAGUCUAUCAACGCUCUGCCAAAAGGUCGUUGGUUUUCUCCGAGUAAUAUCACAAUUGUUGUAAAGAUAAAUAGUCUACAGGCUAAGUAAGUAACAUAAGUAAGCGUAAUACUUGAUGUAAUCGGUCACUGAAAAGCUCCAAUGGGGAGUGAGCUGAAUGUAAUGUAAUUUAAUGUAAUGUAAUGUAAAAUAUACCUGCAAGCAAAAAUCAUCUUUACUGAGCUAAGCUCAAUUACGAAGGACGCAGCUCAACCUGGUCAAGUCGAUAGCUUUCUUUCUCUUCACGACCAAGGAGCACAGCUACGGUAAGAAAAUCAACAUGGGGCUUAUCCCAACCCACCCUGUCAACAUUCUCUGGGGGGGGGGGUUAAACCGGAUGCCCGGAGAAAACCCAGGGAUUACCCUACGACUUUUGCAUUGUACAGCGUUAUUGACUCGUUUCGCACAAGUGUCAUGAGUCCACAACUAAAAUCGAACCCACGAUCUCAGGUGAUUCGUCAUUUUGAUUCAUCUUAUCAGGAAUAAUACUGCCAUUUUCGUAGACGUUUGACAGAUGGCAGAUAACAAGCAAAUUGGAUAUUAUAUUUUGCAUUUGCUUAUUUGUAAGAGUCGACCUUUAAAGUAGCCAGUGCCCCAGUGGUAGUCUAUUUGCACAUUACUUUGCCAGUUGUGAGGAUACCCAUGUUUUAUUAUCUGUGAUCCUUUUGUAUUUCAGUUACUGAUGGUGAUAGCCACAGUUCUUGAAAGAAAUAAAGAACUAAAGUUUCAUGUUACUAUUAAAUUAGAUGAGGUAAAAUCUUUAAGUUUGUUCUUGCAUGGUAGGGAUGUAACUAAUUAUUGUCAAAAUAUAUUGUAGACUACUACCUUUUAAGUUUGAUUGUGUUUGCCUGUUUGCUUCUAGCUUGUGAAUGGAGCAAUGGAAUUAUUUGCUGGUGAAACUGGAAAGGUAUACUUGUGCAUGAAAUUACUUACCAAGUAUCCAAAUAAACGGUUAAUUUAAUUGGUUUAAUUUAUCUGUUGUGCUACCCGUCAAUGACUAUCAGCGGCUGAUUUUUGUGGGUAACGCGGAAUGGAACUUCUGGAAUGAUUGAAACAUCUCGUAAAUCGGAUUUCGUUGUGUUUGCUUCUCCUGAAUUAAUAGGCCAUGACAGAAUUUUUUUUAAAUCGUAACAAUGAUUCAAAAGACUAAUUGAAUUCUUUUUAUGAAAUAAAAAAUGGGCGUAACCGACCUUAUUUUCAAGCUAAAUAACUUUAAACCCAAAAUAUCGGUCAUAUCACAAACCCAAAAUAUCGAUCAUGGUGUAAAAUCCGAGCGAAUGGAAAUUAAUGGGGGUGUACCCCAGGGCAGCAAAUUAGGUCCAAUCGCUUUCAUUAUAAAAAUCAAUCAACUCCCAUCAGUUACAAAUUGGGAAUCGGCCGAAACAACCAAUCAAAAUUAUACGGAUGAGGGAGAAACAACAAUGUUUAUGGACGACACGACCUUAUCCGAAGUGAUAGAAGUAUCAGAUCACACCUGCGGGACAUCGAUUGGAAAAACUCAAGAAAAUGUCAACAAUGUAGUUCUGUUUGCAAAGCACGAAAAAAUUGAACUAAAUGUGAAGAAAUGCAAAGAAAUGAUUCUCGAUUUCAGGAAGAAUAAAACAACCAUCCCACCAAUUAAUAUUGACAACCAACCUAUUGCUCGGGUAAAGUCAUAUAAAUUACUAGGAAUGUGGCUGGAUGAUGAUAUGAAAUACUGAAUUUAUUAUUAAAAAAGCAGCUAAACGGCUCCACUUUUUAAAGAUCCUGAAGAAUUAUGGCGCGUGUAAAGAUGAUCUAAAGUCCUUUUAUUGCGCUGUUAUAAGGUCCACUCUCGAGUAUGGAGCGCAAGUGUGGCAUGGAAACCUCACCCAAGACCAAAGCAACAACAUCAAAAGAAUUCAAAAACGGGCGCUCAGGAUUAUCUGUCCUGGAAAGGACUACAAUGAAGCCUUAAUAGAAAGUAAAAUGAUACCACUAAAAGAACGAAGAAAGCACCUGUGUAUUGACCUUAUCUGAAAUAUGGUGCAACCCACUCAUAAACUACAUGGACUGCUACCUGAUAAACAUUCCAACAUCAAAAAGAGAGAAACAAGAGCGAAUAGUAAAAUAAUCUAUAAUUUUACUUGUAGAACGGAACGUUUUAAGAGUAGUCCUUUGGUAUAUGCGAUCGAUAAAUACUAUGAUAUAGGUUUACAGUAGAAUUGUUUUAGCAUACUAGUGUUUUAGAUUUUACUAUAUACAUACUAUUAAUAUAAUAGUUUUAGUACAAUUGGUGUUUUAAAUUUUAUUAUAUACCUUACUAUAAUUAUAUAUACUAUUUACAUAAUUGUAAAGAAAGUGCUAACUCAUAGUCUUCAUUAAUAUAUAAGAGUUGUGUAUUUUACUCUUCAUAAUCCUGUAAACACAUAAUAAUUUAGCUAUAUACUUUGCUAUUGAAAUGUGAUGAAUAAACCAUUACCACAUAUUGCAGCGUCAUUGUUGCCAUAGCAACGGCAGUUGCGAUUCAUUUUUUUUCGAAAAAAUCCAACUCUUUAGUUAUUAUUUUUCUACUUGGACUUUCUUUAUCUUUUAACAAAUAGAAAUUGUAGAAAAAUUGGGUCUAAAUCGGAGAUCUUCCAUUUUCUAAUAAAUUGUAGGGAGCCACCUUAAGGUAGCCUGUGUUACGGGAGAAUUUACGGCUGUACACAUGCUACCUUAAGGCAACUGUUUUAAUGUUUGGGUUACAAAAACACGGCCUGUAAAGUCAAUAGUGCAAUUAAAAGGUAAGUAAACAAAAAAAUUAUAAAAUGGAACAAAGAAGAUCGUGAAAAUUGAUUUAUUAAAUAUCCUCACACUCCCUCGUAUUGUUUAAGGGGCAAUUAGUAAUCGAAAGCAGAAAUUAGUAAUCUCAUGAAUCUUUCGGAUAUCCCAUUAAAGGUUGUCCUGCUUGGCAGUUUAUGCAACUUUAGAAUGAGGAAAGGGGGCUAACUGGCGGGGGAUGAUACAUGCACUUGUUAUGCAAUAUUUGCAAUGGUCCGCUUAUGCAACGCCCGAUUACAGAAAUGAUAUUCUAGACUAAAAUUUUUGUAUGAGGAAUAAUAAACAAUUAUUGAAUGAGGUCGAUAGGGAUAUGAGGAAUUAUUAAUUAUUGAUAUCCUGCGAGAAUGGAAUUCAAUAAUUGUUUUAUUAUUUAUUUGUAAAUAUUAGUUAUUUGUAAAUAGGCGAACCUUUCCUUUGAGGAAGCCAUUUGUAUUUUCCCGCUUUUGGCAUAAGUCGCAUAAAUUAGCGUAACGUCAUAGCGUGUACAUUGUUUUUCAAUAUACCACGAAAUUACGUCAAACAUGGUAUUUUUGUUUUCAAUAUUCCACGGUGUUGUCAUAACUCCAAAUUUGGGCAGCUACCGACCGGAUAUGACGAUUUCUCCGACAGCUCUUAGCCAAUCAAAACUCUUGAAUUAUUUUCAGUAAAUAAUAAAUAUAUUUAUAGUAUGACCUUUAUACAUUUUCCUAUUGUUUUAGGAGCAAUCGACAUUCUACAGCACUCCAGCGUCGGGAGCGUUUGGCACAACCACGUUUUUUGCGAGAACUAUUGUCAAUCAACUUUUGAAAGAAUCUGUAAAUGUUGAGGUAGAUGCUGAAUGCGUGAUAUCUUAGGUGAGGUCUGUAUUAGCACCCAGGUGAAAUAGAUGGAUGAGCGCAUGUAAUAUGAGCCCAUGUAAUAUGAGCGCAUGUAAUAUGUUGCCUUUGGUGUAUCUUAACAAACCACCUGACAAGUUGAUUGGUGGGAAAACCUGCAGCAAGUCACAAUUCUUGCUUCAUCAAAAUACCAUGCAGCUGACCUAGGAACGGCCGUGCUCGCGUCGGUGGGAAGGUCAGAAUUUGUCAAAGGCGUGCAAAUUGAAAAUAAUUUCCGUGUGAAAAUUCACUGAACUGAUAUCUCGCGAAAUACAUUUAAACUUUGAUUGUGGACUUGAUUCAAGUACAAAUUCGUUAUAUACUUAAACUUCUUUUAUAACCUCCUCCCCCCCGAAAAAAAACCAAGUGGGCAAUUAGAGCUAAGAAACUGUGUUUUUACUAUUUAUAAGCAAUUCGUAGCCUUUCGCGGGAUACCAGGUGCUUCUAUUUGGCGAAAAUUAACUCUGAAGAAAAAGGUGUUCGAAAUCAACUUUCCCACACAACAGGCCUUGAUAAAAGCUUAAAGUCGAAACAAACAGUCUUCUAUCGUAUCUUUAGUCUGUGAAUAACAGCGGCCGCCCGAUUGUCUCCUACCUUGACUAAGGUACCAGACAAUGGGGCUGCAAUUAUUCACAGGCUGUUCAUCCUUUUUGUUUUUCUAAUAGUGACACUUUAAUACACGAUUACUCUUGACUUGAUUGCGAUCAUCCCAAUCAAUUCGGGAAGUGCUAUUUAGAAAGAGUUUUGUACAAAUCGGGUCUAUUUUGUGACUGGUGUAUAGUAUUUGUUAUGACAUAAACACGUAGACAAAACAACGCAUUGCAAAUGU